AUGGCUGAGGCGGCGGCAAGAGACUUCUUUGGUGGCACGGUUGGGGGAAUGAUAGCCAUACUGUCCGGUCAUCCACUGGACACUGCGAAGACUCGUAUCCAAGCCAUGGCCCGCUUUGAGGGCUAUGGCACCUGGCGUGUGCUCAGCGACACAGCGCGUGUUGAGGGCUUCCGGGCCCUAUACCGGGGUAUGUCCGUGCCCUUUUUCAGCACAGCGUUGGUGAAUGCUGUGGUCUUUUGUGCCGAAGGCGUCUCAGAGCGCUUGCUGCAGGAUGCCUUGGGCAAGGAGCGCCCAGCCAUGACAGGCUUCUUGGCUGGCUGCAUUGCAGGCUUGGCCCAGAGCCCGCUGGUGUGUUUGGUGGACCUGGUGAAGACCCAGCGGCAAGUGCAAUUUGUGCCACGAGCGGAGGGAAGUGGCGUUACGCCCGCAACCAUUCUACGAGAGCGCAUCCAAACGCUGGGCUUGCGUCACGGCCUCCUGCAAGGAUUGGAGGCUACUGCUGUGAAGGAGUGCCCCUCGUAUGGGGUUUAUUUCUUAGUAUACCAAGAGUCCCGGCGCCGUUUGGACCCAAAAGUCCCCAUGGUGCUAUCCACGCUGGCAUCUGGGGGCCUUGCAGGCUGCUUUGCCCUGGGUAUGAUACACCCAGUGGAUGUGGUGAAGGCCCGGAUCCAGAGCCUUCCGAUCCAUGCAACUCCCGCAGAGCGAUCCGUGCGCCAUGUGGUGGCUGAAGGCCUGGCGCGUGAGGGUGGCGCCUUCUUCCUGCGCGGCUUCGGCGCCGCCAUGCAGCGAGCAUUCGUCGUCAACUCCGCGACGUUCGGUGGUGUCGAGCUUGGCAUGUCGCUGUGGGACCGGUUCCGGUGA